AUGGAUUCUCCUAGUUCUUCAUCCAUAGUAAAUUUUUACUACAACGAGUAUUUUGCGGAUGGCGAUGGUUUCACCGAUGAGGAGAUUGAGCAAGAGGCGGUUACGAGUGCUUGUCAACUAGCGGUGAGAUAUGUGAAGCAUUGUCGUCGCCCCCAAGUUCUAAAAAUGGCCGAGAAAACAACGCGAGACAGCUUGGAGCAUUUUUGUCGCGGUAUUAUUGAUGUGUACGGUGCGCGUUAUCUUAGAACGCCCACAUGGGACGACCUUCAAAAGAUCUACGAGGUACAUAAUGCGGAGCAUGGUUUGCCUGGUAUGAUCGGGAGCAUAGAUUGCAUGCAUUGGCGUUGGGAUAACUGCCCGACUGCAUGGCGAGGCCAACACACACGGGGUGACCAAAAAGGACCCGCUAUUAUACUUCAGGCGGUUACUUCACAGGACCUUUGGGUUUGGUCGGCUUACUUUGGCGUGGUCGGGCCAUGCAAUGAUAUCAAUGUUUUUGAACAAUCUCCGUUGUUAGAGGAGUGGAUUUCUGGCAAAGCUCCAAAAGCGUCGUUUUACGCAAAUGGAAACUACUACCCUCAUGGAUAUUAUUUGAGCGACGGAAUUUAUCCUAGGUAUUCAAUUUUCGCGAAGACGUUUAGUGAUCCUAUUGAUGAAAAAAAGAGCAUACUUUAA